UACACUUGAAAUUUUGUUGGAAAACCUAUCACUCAAUAUGACUGACUCUAAUGCAUUAUUGGAUAUGAUGGAAGAUUAUAGCGGUGAGAUAUUUGAAAAUACAACAUUCCCUUUCCUAAAUGACACCAGUGAUGACUACAAGUAUCAAACAUUCAAUGCAACAAAUACAACCUUUAAUCAAAUUUUCGAAGUAGGUAUCAAUGGAACUAAAACUGACAAGGAAAAGGCGACACUCAAUCAGGUCAUCAUCAUUAUAGUUGUGUCGAUGACAGUUCUGGUUAUUUUAAUAAUGUUAAUGAUAGAAAAUGUGAAAAACAUGGUUAAAGGAAGUCGUCAAGCCUACUCAUCAUUUGGUUUGCAAAGAGCACAACCCAGGCGAAACAAUCCAACUUUGUGUACUAUUCCAGAAGAAGUAGAGAUGGUACCGACAACAUCCUGUGAUACCACUAGACCUCAAGUAAGUGAGAGGAGGCAGAGGACUACUCGGUCUGGAAAGACAGUUACAUUCGCUGAUGAAACCAUUGUAGUACCAGCUACCCCAAAACAAUUAAGAACUUCUGAUACAGAAAGGAAUGAAAUACGAGAAAACUCUAGUGACUUCAAACCAUGAAAUUGAGGUGGAUAUAGAAGCAGGUCCCUCAGGAAAUGAUCAUGAUAAUAUUCCUUUCAUUGAUGAAGAAUAAACAAAAACUUUCUGGUUUAAACUGAACAUGGAUCAUGAGUCUACUGUGCUGUUGAUUGGUCUACUGUUGUUUUAAAUGUUACAAGUUUCACAAUGAUAUCUUUAAAAAGAGCUUGUACAAUCAAUAAUGACUGUUGGCAUAUUUUUUUAAUUCUUACUAAUUAAAACUAAUGCAUUUAUACAAGAGCUACAAACAAAAACAUCCAGGAAUAAUAGGAACAACAGAACAACAGGAAAAGUGAACAGAACAUUCAGUUCCAGUUAAAAAGACCUAUUGUACAAUUAAGGAGUGUUUAAUUGAUUUAGGGUUAAGUAAGUUAAGAAAAAACUUUCCUCUGCAAAGAGUAUAUCUUUUGUCUCUGCCCCAAGCUGAUACAUGGUUCAUUUGUCAUUUUAUUGUUUAUUUGUCUGUAUUUUUUAUGGUUAUAUUUAUAAUUUUGGUUUUAUAACAUACUGUUUUGUGUUUAAUUAUUAUAUGGGGCUCAUUUGACUUACAAUGACUACUUUACUUAUUUGCUGACAUUUUGUUAUUUAUAUAUUAACUUUUUACUUAAAUAUUUAUCUUUGUUUGGAAGAUAAAGAAUUUUUUCAUUUAAUUGUUGUUAUGUAUAAAGCAUACAAGGAAUUAUUAUAUCAUGCUCAGGUACAACUUGAGUACUACAGUUAUUGUAAAAUUGUGUGUAUUAAUAAAUUGUUUUUAA